AUGGAGAUUUUCAGAUGGAUGCAGAAACAGCGGUGGUACGUCGCCGACAACGACAUCUAUUCGAAGCUGAUAUCUGUGAUGGGGAGGAAAGGGCAGAUACGGAUGGCAAUAUCGUGCCAGCUGACGUUUAACUCCAUGAUCACAAACUAUGGGAAAGCAAGACUUAUGGAGAAAGCUGAGUCUGUACUUGAGAAGAUGGAAGAACUGGGAUUCAAACCAAAUUAUGUGACGCAAGAAUGUCUCAUCACUCUGUACGCGUAUUGUGAUUGCGUCUCCAAGGCCCAACAGAUAUUCGAUGAGCUUGUAAGCUCACAAAGUACUGUUCCCCUUUCUUCACUGAAUGCAAUGCUGGAUGCCUACUGCAUGAACCGCUUGCCCAUGGAAGCAGAUCGGUUGUUGGAUACUGCAAUAGAGAAAGGUGUCGUGCCCAAUGCUUCGACGUAUAAGUUGCUCUACAAGGCAUACACCAGGGCGAAUGAUAAGAUGCUUGUCCAGAAGUUGCUCCAGCGAAUGAACAAGCAGGGUAUUGUCCCGAAUAAAAAGUUCUUCCUUGAUGCUUUGGAAGCAUUUGGCAACUCCGCCAAUAAACCCAGGAGAGUACGUACCUCGGACGCUGCAACAGAGCCAAGUAGAGAUUCUGCGAGCAAUUCAGAAAUGGCUCGUUCAAGCAAGACAAAGUUAAGUUUUUCGGAAGCAGUUGAUGGCUUCACCAGGAUAUUACCCAAUUCAAACUCUGCAAGCAAGGCAGAUGCAGGUUCUGAAAUCAAUUCAGAAACAGCUACUUCAGACGAGCCAGAGUUAAGCUUUUCGCAAGUAGCUUCUUGAUCGGACACUCUGUUCUGAACUGCUUGAUAGUAGAAUGUGUUCAAUUGAUUGUACCAAGUGAUACGUUUGGGGGUUGGUCCUAGAAAUGAGGUCACCCAUGUGAUCAGUGGCUUGAAUUUGAACCAUCCUAGAUGGCGGGGUUGAAAUUUUAGGAAUACCUCUCAUGCGCAUUCAUCAAAAAGGUUGAACCACAUGGUACUAGAACCAUCACAUUCCAUUCAACAUCAAGAUACCCUUCUGUUUGUACUUUGGCAGGGGUUGCUUGCUUCUAAACUUUAUAGUUGUUAUUAUAUAAAAUCACAGUAGCAGUUUUUUCAAUUU